AUGAGGACACCGCUCUCUUUCCAACCACCUCCAGGGCUACGGCCUUUCCGCGUUCCUUCCGGCCAUCCCAUUCGCUCUUCCGCACGUCUCUGCCACCCAAGGGCGAAAGACGCGACAGGAAGAGCCACACUACCGUCAUUCUUUUUCAAUAUCUCCGUUUAUUACCACACAAGUGCAGCCAUGCUCACUCAUCGUGGAUUCUCUGCAUGGAUUGAGUCAAACGGAGAAACCCUCCCAGAGUACUUGGUUGCAGUCGAUGAGAAUACGCACAAGGUGUCGUGUUGGAUUCCUGGAAAUGAGGGUCAGACGUUUGCGGUCUACUGGAGCGAUGCUGGAGGUGCUGUGCCCACGUGUGCGUUCAUCACUCUCGAUGGCAUAAUAGCGCCUGGGAGAUUUCUGUCUGGGAAUGGGGUAAACUCCAGGAGCGGUUUACGAGUCUCGAAGAAUAGCGAACGCCCGUUCAUGUUCAAAGCUAUCGACGAAACCGCUACUGGACCAUCAAACGCUGUGAACAACAAGGAUUUGGGUCUCAUCACCCUCAAGAUUAAACGAGUUCGUCUUUUGGAUGGUAGACCCGCAAAUCCGAUUCAGGCGGCCCCUUCUCCUGUUCUAGGAAAGAGAAAGGCAGGAGAUCUGUGCAUCGACUUCGGUGAAGAGGAGACACAACCUUUCGAACAGUCGGCGGUGACCUGGGCUGUUUCCUCAUAUGAAGACGAUACUCCAGGGGCUAAGCCUAGCACAUAUGUCUCGUUCGCUUUUCGCUACCGUUCUCCUGAUUUCUUGGAGGCCCAGGGUAUCAUACCAGAGGGGGAGCUUACAACGAUUGCGCCUACAAAGAAGGAACCAGCAACUCCAGAAAUCCCUUUCGUCAUGCCUGCAACAAUACCAAUGCCACCGCCCCUGGCACUGCCUGUACCCGCACCUAAAAUGCCACCUCCCCGUCGCAUGGCUAGCCUUCCAGCACCUCCAGUGAGACUCGAAUCAGAGGAGCCGCCUCCACCCGCCACUCGUCCGGCGAAGAAACCUCGGCUGUCGUCAGACGCCCUUGGUAAUCCACCUGUUCGAACCCUCCGUCGCCCAUCUCACGAGCUGCGCAGAGCAGCCAGCACUCCCGCUAAGACCGUCAGUACAAGCACUCUUCCGGCAGACACCACACCCUAUCAGGGCACCUUCUUUGUUACUCGCCCUAGCUCUGCAUACCACUACCUGAGUGUGCCACCAUCCUCUUCUGACACAUCCCCAGACACUACCGUCAACGAUGAUUCAAGCUUCUAUGAGUAA